AUGGAAAAUCCACUAGAUCAUUUAAAAUCAGCAGUUUACGAAGAAGAUGAGGAAAAAAGAUUAGAUAAAAUAGUUAUAGGAUGCAAAUUAAUAACAGAUGCUCUGCCAUUUGAAAAGAGAAUAGAAUCUAUGAUAAAUAUUCCUAAAAUAGUUGAUUAUCUUUUGCUUAAUAGCAUUUUUAGUACAAAUUCAAUCACGAUGAUUUUAAACAGCUUGCUGGACAAGUUUCGUGAUAAUUUAGAAUUCUUAGAAAAUUUUUGGAAAGGCAUAGAAUAUGUGUCGAAACUCAGCGAAUUAAACCCUUUAGAAUCGUAGAUUUCAGAUCUAGAUAAAGAUAAAUAGCAUGACAGUAGCUUUUUGCCUUUGAGAUAAAAUAAAUAUGCAAGCUGUUUAACUACAGUUUAAUCAGGCGAAUACAAUUCAUUAAUCUAAUUAAAUAUUGUUAGGAUAAAGUAUAUAGCGCUUUCAUAUAUUUAGGAUAUCUAUACUGUUUAUGCAACUAUGAAAGAUGUUGAUUUUGACUUAAAAAACGGAGUUUUUAUCACUUUCCUACAUAACUCUUAUGAUGAAAAGUUUAUACUCACAGUAAUUUAAUAAGUUGAACAAAUUAAACAAACAUUCCUUUUUUAUUUCCACUCUAUGAUAGAUUUUGAUGAUCAAAUUGAAGAAGUUAUCAGAACAAAAGGCAGCAAUCAAAAUAAAGAACCAGAUAAAUUGAAAUUAUAGAUAUAAGAAUAUUCUAACUGGGAUUCAUAAUCAACUAACUCUCCUCUUUUGCAAUAGUCAUUUCAACCUCCUAUUGCAACUAAAUCCAAAUUCUCAGAAGGUAAUGAUCUGAAAUUAAAUUUAGAAUCUUAAGACAACUUUUCUGAUGAGUCUCUCAAUCAAAACGAAGAAGAAAUCACAAUACUUGAUUAAAUAGAAGAGUGGAUGGUUUCAUCUGCUGUUCCAAUUAUAGGAAAAAACGAAUUUAUGCUUAAUUUCUUCAAACUAGAAGAAAACAUUGAGUUAAUCUUAGAUUUUAUUAUUGAUCCUUUAGUAAAUUUGCCAACUAAAAUUUGGGCAAAAACCUAUCCAAGAAUAAAAAGAGACUAACCACUCCGUGAUAUGAGAGGAUUUAAACAUGGAAUUAAUCGUAUUUUAGAACUUGAUCCUGUUACAAUUAAUGCAAUUAUGAUGAGGUCAUACAAACUCAUCCAUAUUUUAUCAGAAAGAAAGAAUCUCAGAGUUGUUUGCAAUGCAUAUCCUGAUUUCUUUGAGUUUGCAUAUCUCAAAAUUUAUGAAUUUUUUAGAAGUAAUGAACAAGCCAACUUGUACCAUGUUGGAAAAUUAAUUGAUUCAUUUAUUAAGUUCACUCCUGACUAUAGCUUCUACUUUAUUAUGCUUAAUAACUUGAUGUUCAAUAUGAUUGAUUACAUUUACAAUCCACAGAUUAACUAAGUUUUAAAUGGCAUUUGCAAUGUUUAGUGGAAUACUUACAAAUUUACUGAAGAAGUUACUCAUAUGAUAUUAGAAUACAUUUAGGUCAGUGGAUUCAUUACUGAAUUAAGUGGAUUAAUUGUUCAAAAUGAGCAUAUUGACGCUUUUAAAAGGGAUAAACAAUUUAAAAAAAGAGAAAUUAUAGCAAUGUAAAAUAAAAUUUAGUCUAAAAGAAAUGAAGAUAUAAAAUUUAGGAAAAAAAUUGAACCAAUAAUUAUGCCAGCUGAAAAUCUUAUCUCUAUACUAGAAUAUUAGACAAAUACUGAAUAUUUGGAUGAAGUUAUGGGUUUACCCUGCUAAAAAUUAGAUAGAGAGUACUUUAGUAUGAAAGAACUUAUUGGUCUCAGACCUGAUAUUGAUGGGAUUAAAAAAAUUAAAAAUAUGAAAAAAAUAUCAUAGAGUGAAAUUAUGAAGUAAAGGCAAAUAAUGUCUUUGAGCAACUUACCAGAUAUUAAAAGUAUUGAAAAUUUUGAUAAAGAUGAAGAAGAUGAAGAAUAAGAGAAUAGAAAGGAAAUAAAGUCAUAGUUUUAAUUUAAAGAUGAUCAUAGCACAUCUUCACCUUUAUUAAAUAAAUUUAGAAAAGCUAACUUUAAACUGUCAUUCAUUAGGAUGUCUAAAAAAGAAAAUAUAGAAACUAUGUUAGAUAAAAAUGCAAAAAGACAUUCUAAGUUAUUGACAGAAGACAACUAGGCUAAACCUCCUCCUUUAAAAAAUAAAAUAAGCAAAAAAGCCUCAUAAAUAAUUGUUUAGUAGUAACCCAAGUAACCAGAACCUGAGUAUAGUGCUUAGGAUUUCUCUACAACGAAUAGUUUCUCUUCUGCUAAACUCAAGACAAUUUAUCCAGACACGAAUGUUUUACUAGUGAAUUCUGAAAUAGAACAUCUUUCCAAAGAUAGAGAGUAUUUCUCUGAAAAGAUUAUUUAGAAAGAAAUGUAUGCAGUUCCAGGUAGUCAAAUUUGUUUUGGGUUACUCUAGGAAGCUUUCAAUUUUAACGAAAAUAAGCAGUUAUAUGAAAAAGUUCAAAUUAAUUUAAUGACAGAAACAAAGAAGAAUUUAAUAUUUAAAAUAUUUUUUGAUCCAGAUGGAAAGACGUUCCAAAAGCUAAUUAUGAAUUAUCUAAUUAAAAUGAGAGUUUUAAGUAAACUAAAAGAUACUCACAACAGCGCUCUUGAAACAGGCAAAAUAAUUAAUUUAAUCCUUUCAAAAAUAAAUGAAUUCCCUUAAUAUGGUGAUUUCAUGAAAAAGAUUCAUGAAAUUUGCAAAGAAGUAUUUGAUUUUGCAUGUAAAACUCUCAUUUACAUGCAUAAUGCAAAAAGAGAUAAUUUUUAUCUAUAAAAUUUUAAAAUUGUAAAUCCUUUGGGUUCAUGUAAGCUGGUUUUAUUUGAAACUAUUUGUCUUAUCAUGAAAAAUGACAUUCCAUACUAAUGUGAAUUAUUUAACAAAAUGUCAGACACUACAUGGCACAUUAUUACCAUAUAAUUCUUUAACCAUCCAACUAAUACUUUCUAUUCAAAGCAAUUUUAUAAUUUAAUGUUGAUCGUGCUCUAGUUUGGCUAAGAGAACAUCUUAAGAAAUAUUUUAUUCAAACUCAGCUGUAUUUCUUCUUUAAAUAAUGCCUAUGAUAAUAUAGUUAGAAACUCUGUUAUUAUGUAUCAAUAUCAUAUAGAUACUUUUCUUCUGUACAUUAAAAAAAUUGUAGAAGGCAUUAAUACAUAUACUGAGUAAUAAAAAUUUAAAGCUGUCAAAUAAUUCCUUUUAUCUAGUGCCAGCUGGAAUUUCCUAAGAUAAGAAAUAAUCCCUCCGACUUCAAUGGUAAUGCCAAGUUAAUCAUAGUUUGCCAAUUCACCUAAAAAAAUAAAAAACUAAAAGAUAAGUAGUAGUUAGACUCAUUUAACACUUGAUAAAUCAAUACUAGUUAAUAGCAUAAGUGAGCGUUAAAUUACCUAAAGCAAAGAAAAAAUAUUAGAGAUUAGUGAAACUAGAUCUAAACUUUAAAGUAUAACGAAUAACGCUUCCAGCUCUUCUAAAUAAAAAAUUUAAUUACCUCCAAUUCUUUCUGCUUCCUAGGUUAUUUCUCAUUCCAAAAACGCUUCUUAAUUAUCUUAAACUCUUUCCACAAAAGCAGAAUCUAAAAAAGGAUAAACUAUGAAUAGCACGAGUAAAAUAGGUUCUUUAACGAGUCUAUAAUCAGAUCCUUUAAAAUUUAAACACAGCAAUAAUAGUUAAACUAUAUUUUCAGCUGGAAAUUUAGAUACUUAUAAGGAUAAAAAACUAUCACUUAAUAAUUUAAAUUCAAAAAAAAAAUUAUGA